ACCAAACCUACGCCCAGGCUGGGAUAAGGCCAAUUCAUGCUUCACUUUUCCACGUCCAGAUUUUCAUGUACGUUGCUUCGUGUCGAAUCUGCGAGUGCCAGGCAAUUGACUAGAUGUGUCCAGUAGGUGGCAGCACUGACUUUCACCAAGAAAGAGUACAGGAAGAGCAUUAGUCGUAGUAGUUAUGGUGAGCAGUUGUACCUGGCGUUGCGGUGGUACCCCCAUAUAAAAUUUUUCAUACUCUCCAUACAUUACACAGUAUACAGUACAGUGGUGGGUCCUGACUAAUUAUGUCGUAAUGGGCGUAUAAAACUGCUGCUGUGAUAUGCCGUAUGCCUUAUUACCGUACACCGUCUAAGCCUAGAAACAAUUUUAAAACAGUUCAUAAAAGGUUUCACUACGUCUUCAACGUGUCUUUAAAUUGCAUUUCUCAAUAAUGUUGUGAUUUUCAUUAGACAGUCAUUAUUAUAAAAUAUUAUUUCACACAACGCAAAUGUGAUUACUUAAAUAAUUCGAACUAUAUUUCACAAUGAAGUUACAUUUUUUUUUUUAAUUUCCAAAUUUCAUAAUGCUUCUUUUCAUAAUAAUGGUGCGCUCUGCCAAUCACUUUUACAUUUCACUACACUGCUUGUCUUUUGUAUGUUUCUGUUGCAAUCUGCCCCCAAAUGAUGGAAUAUCACUAGUGUAUGCUUGGCAUGCACCAACGGCUACCGUUUUCGUUCACCGACAAAUGUACUACCAACACAAGAUUCCGCACGCAUAACACAGGCAGCAGACCGAAAGCACGCGCGGGAAAGGCAGGUAUUAACCAGCCUUUAGGUGGUUUGUGAAGCAAGAGCGAAAUUAUAGACACACACAUAUACACACACACACUUUCUGGGUUGCCAACAAUCAUGCAUCUGGCGUGACGACACUCACACUUUCAGACUUUCACACCCAUGCAAGAAAUCUUAUGGCAAAUCGAUAUUAUUCCAUUAUAAACCUAAAAUAAAUUAGCUACAUCAAAACCAUUUGGGUAGUUUGCAAACCCUAGAGACUAUUCACGUGGUAAUAAACCUGUUACAAACAUGCAAAUGGGGGCAAGUUGGCAACCAUGUACUUUUAAAAUGAGCAAAUUUUCCAAAAUUAAGGAAGAGGUAAAGGAACUGAUUACCUGAAUUAAUGCUUGCUGGUCAUUACUUGCUUUACCCGUAUAGAUUAUUGAUUUGCUUUAUCUGUUAAAACAAGCCAAUGACAUGAAGUCAUCGUUUGAAGGCCAGUUACGUCAACUGAUUACAAUCUUACUGGUUUCACUGCAAAUAGAGAAAGAAAAAAGAAUGAAGUUUGACAGGAAGUUCCAUCCAUGAAGCCGUUUCGUCUGGAGGAGGUGGAGAGAAACUACAGUGAGAAUAUAUAACAGAGGUCAGCAGAGAGGGGACCAGACGCCUCUCUGUCCUGCUUAUUGUGUUACUAGCUCCUGAGAAAGCUACGCAUUGAAGAGAAGACUCACAAUGGCAUCCAUGGGAAUGGAAAUUCUAGGAUUGGCCCUGGCCAUCAUCGGAUUUCUUGGGGUCAUCAUCAUCUGCGCUCUGCCCAUGUGGAGAGUGACUGCCUUCAUUGGAGCCAACAUCGUGACGGCGCAAAUCGUCUGGGAAGGUCUGUGGAUGAAUUGCGUGACCCAGAGCACGGGGCAGAUGCAGUGCAAGGUCUACGACUCCAUGCUCGCCCUGCCCCAGGACCUGCAGGCGGCCCGUGCCCUGGUCAUCAUCUCCAUCAUUGUGGCCCUUAUUGCCAUCCUACUGGCCGUGGUCGGGGGUCAAUGCACCAACUGCAUUGACGAUGAAGCUUCAAAGGCAAAGGUAACCAUCGGCAGUGGCGUUGCCUUCAUCAUCGCUGGUAUCCUCUGCCUCAUCCCAGUAUGCUGGGCAGUUAAUACAAUCAUCCGGGAUUUCUACAACCCUAUGCUGAUGGAAGCCCAGCGCAGAGAGCUGGGAGCCUCACUGUACAUUGGCUGGGGAGCUGCUGGUUUGCUGAUUCUAGGUGGUGGCCUGCUGUGUACCUCGUGCCCCCCAAAGGAGGACAAAGGCUACAAUGUUAAAUACUCUCAGCCAAGAUCUACAGCUAAUAGCAAGGCAUAUGUUUAAGAGUGGUGGGCAACGCCGGAAAUGGAAACGACAACCAUCAAACGCUUUAUUGGCAUUUCCUUUAUCAUUCACGUUUUGUUUUUGUACCGAGUUAAGAACACUGAUUAAAAUAUGGACAAAUGGACGUCCCAUGGACUCAUAAACCGAGUUCUGUAAAAUGACAAAAAUAAGUGUUUUCCACAGUCGACGGGACAAUUCUCACUGAAGAGUGAGAGGCGCGCGGACUUUGCGGAACCGCAGAAGUCUGUUACAUGUACGGGGGCGCAGUUGUAAAAUAUCAUCUGAAAUGUAUACGUAUAAAGUAUAUAUGUGUUUCUAUAGCAUAUGGCUUGUUAUGAAGAAAUGGUGGCAGCGUUUCUUUGAUUUCUACAAGCGACGAAAAUAGUACAGUACGCGCCAUUAUAAUUUACGUAAACCUGUGAUCGGACAGUAAAGGAAUAUGCCUUCGUUCUUUACUGUACGUAUAGCAUACAACUAAAUUGUGUCUUUGUUUUAAAAUCCAACUGCGGGAAUAAAACGAAUCAUAUGUAGUUCUAAAGCUGUAGAAUUAAAUUACAAUAAAUAUUUUGAAAAUCA